GGCCGGAAGUCACCCACAUGAAACGCCGUAGUCAACCGGAAGUAAAGAAGACCGUAGAAGAAGAACACGACGUUGCCUCACCCUCUGCGCAGGCGCAGUGUUGGAGAUAAGCUUCAUAUGCUGCACGUUUUGUCCGGUGGAGGUCACGGACGUCGGAAUUAAACGCAGUCAAUUAGAGUCUCACAAUGGCGAAGUUAUUCGAGUCCAUUGGUAAGCUGGGGCUGGCCCUGGCUGUUGGUGGAAGUGUGGUGAACUCUGCCCUUUUCAACGUGGACGCAGGGCACGAGGCAGUGAUAUUUGACAGAUUCAGAGGAGUCCAAGAUGUUGUCGUCGGGGAGGGCACUCACUUCCUCAUCCCGUGGGUGCAGAAGCCAAUCAUUUUUGAUUGCCGUUCCCGUCCGCGGAACGUGCCCGUCAUCACAGGAAGCAAAGAUCUACAGAACGUCAACAUCACGCUGCGUAUUCUCUUCCGGCCAGUGAGCAACCAGCUGCCGCGGAUCUUCACAAGCAUCGGCGAGGAUUAUGAUGAAAGGGUGCUGCCGUCUAUCACCACCGAAGUCCUCAAGGCCGUAGUGGCUCGGUUCGACGCGGGCGAGCUCAUCACCCAGAGAGAGCUGGUGUCUCGGCAGGUCAGCGAGGAUCUCACAGAGCGAGCCUCCACCUUCGGCCUCAUCCUCGACGACGUCUCACUGACACACUUGACGUUCGGCAAAGAAUUCACAGAGGCUGUGGAGAUGAAGCAGGUGGCCCAACAGGAAGCUGAGAGGGCCCGCUUCGUUGUCGAGAAGGCUGAACAACAAAAGCAGGCCGCCAUCAUUUCGGCCGAGGGCGAUUCCCAGGCUGCCUUGCUCAUCGCCAACUCCCUCAUGGAGGCGGGCGACGGCCUGGUGGAGCUGCGUAAGCUGGAGGCGGCCGAGGACAUCGCUUUCCAGCUGUCCCGCUCCCGAAAUGUCACAUACCUGCCGUCAGGACAGGGGACCUUGCUGCAGCUGCCCCAGUGAGGACCCUGCCACUGACCGCCGUCCGUUUGAAUAAACGCCUGGUGGAAAAUAGCUUUUCUUUUGUUUGUAAUGCAGUUUGUUCUCAAAUACUAAACAGUUUAUGGUGCGCUGAGCACGGCACUUGUGGAAAUAAAAUGUCAUGGAGAUUAAAAAAA